UUUUCGAUUUCGAUUUCGUACCCGCGUUUUUUCGACUCGCCUCUAAUCUCGUGAUGAACGGCGAAUUCCGGUUUGCCAGGGGCAAGCUGAGCAGCAAAAUCCAAUAAAAAAAAUAAAUAUGCAUAAGUUUGGGGGAAAAAGGCGGAAAGUGAAACCGCUCUGAGCUUGGUUUUCCGCCCAUUCCUCGGUGCGCACUUCCUAUUUUCCAGGUCUCGCCACAUUACCAAAUCUUAAGUGCCUAUUCAUGCCGAUUGUUAUCAGACCCGAGAUAUCAAGGCUAACUUGUUUCGCCUCCGAAAAGAUAAUAAGUUACGCUCUGGAGCUGCGGGCAGCAUGAUUCACGGUUCUGGACGAUGCAACAAGAUUCGCUGGUCAGCUUCUUAAGGUCGCACUGGCGAAAGUUGAGAAUCAGGUUGGACUACCCACUCGAAUAUGACUUGAACUGGAGGGAACAAAGCAGAUUCUUUGAUUACAUUCGUCUUGAUUUCGAUUUCUGAAGUAAACGAUCUGUGUGACUCACUAUGCAUAGUUCUUCCACAAAUGUUGAAAAACUUUAACGUUUCGUUUAGCAAAACAAAUGGUGCAGUGUAGUUUGUUUAGCCUCUAGAAUACAAAUCGAUUAUUAUUAUAAACCCAAACAACUAACGAUUAGUUUGAUGCACAAAAGGUGAACAAAUACCUAUAAAUAAUAAACUGCAGCUACCUUUUAGACCCAGACAUUGACUUUGGAAUGCCUGGCACUUUUCUGACUACAUGGGUCGCUUCUUGUGCCUUUCACUUUUCCCGUUCAAUUAAGACGCCAAUUGAGCUGAAUUGAAAUUAUAAAUUGUCACAACAAAGUUGCACGCAAAGCACUUAACUCGAUUCUUCAUUCUCCAUUCUCCAUUCUCGAUUCCGGUUCGUCUUCACCAGAAAACCAAUCCGCAACAGAUGACGCUGAGGAGCAGACUUAGUGGGGAAGCACCGCAGCUGUGGCUGCUCCUCCUCCUGGCCUCCACUGCGAGCAGCUUGUGGGCUUCGGUGGCCGCCAGGACAGGACCCCUGCACGACAAGGUGGUGGUUUGCUACGUUUCCACAUGGGCUGUUUACCGGCCGGAGCAGGGUGCCUAUGCCAUCGAGAACUUCGACCCCAAUUUGUGCACCCAUGUGGUGUACGCCUUUGCCGGCCUGGACAUCACCCAGGCAGCCAUCAAGUCGUUGGAUCCCUGGCAGGACCUAAAGGAGGAGUACGGCAAGGGUGGCUACGAGAAAAUGACGGGUCUGAAGCGCAGCCAUCCGCAUCUGAAGGUCAGCCUGGCCAUCGGCGGCUGGAACGAGGGAUCGGCCAACUACUCCACCCUGGUGGCCAACAAUCUGCUGCGCGGCAGGUUCGUCAAGCAGGUGUCCAGUUUCAUACGCAAGUACAACUUCGACGGGCUGGAUCUCGACUGGGAGUAUCCCACGCAGCGGAAGGGCAAGCCCGCGGAUCGCGAGAACUUCGUUCUGCUGACCAAGGAGCUGCGCGAGGAGUUCGACGAGCACGGCCUGCUGCUGACCUCCGCCAUCGGAGCCUCCAAGAAGGUGAUCGACGAGGCCUAUGACGUGCGGCAGAUCUCGCGUUACUUGGACUACCUGCACAUCAUGUGCUACGACUACCACGGCAGCUGGGACCGCCGAGUUGGUUACAAUGCUCCGCUCACGGCGCCCGCGGAUGAUCCGCUGAGUGUGAAAUUCUCCAUUGACUACCUGCUGAAACUGGGCGCCCCGCCGGAGAAGCUGGUGAUGGGCCUGCCCUUCUACGGACGCACCUUCAAGACGUUGGCCAGUGGAUUCCUGAACGACGUCAGCGAAGGCGUAGGCUUCAAGGGACCCUACACGCGGGAGGACGGCUUCCUGGGCUACAACGAGAUCUGCCAGACACUGAGCAACCAGACCUCCGGAUGGACAAGGGAGUGGGAUCCGCAAACCAGCCAGGUGCUGGCCAAGUCCGAGCGAAACGUCUUCACCCAGGAGAUCAACGUGGUGACCUACGACAGCUCCCGCUCCAUCGCCAACAAGGUGUUGUUCGCCAUGUCCAAGCGGCUUGCGGGUGUGAUGGUGUGGUCCGUGGACACGGACGACUUCCUGGGUAACUGCAAGCUGGACGAGGACACGUACGAGGACUUCCAGAAGGUGACUGCCGCGCCCAAGAGAUCGAGCCAGAACUAUCCCCUUCUGCGGACCAUCAACGAGGCCACCAUGCUGGCCGUGGACGAGCUGGCUGUGCCGGAGCCGCAGCCGGAUGACUCCGAGAACGAGAUUCCGCACGGCAGCAUAGCGGAUCGCAAGAAUGCCGGCGCUUCUAUGGUCAGUCUGGGCCUCGGAGUCACCGCUGUCUUCAUGCUCCUGCACCGGUUGGCCCAGUGAGAAAUUGAGGGAGUGCUCCGGUAGCCAUAGUCUUAGAAACACAUCACCUUGUUCACGUAGUCAUUAAAAUCCAAAUUGUAUUUUUAAGAUAAAACCUGGUUUUCCUUCGAUUCUUGGGGAUCAUAACGCUUUGAGUAAGAAUAUAUCAUUAAAGGUACAUAUAUACAUAUGUAUGUGUAGCUUCCAUCCUAAUUUUUAGUUACCCUUUGGUUUAGCCAAAAAGAAAGGAACCCGAAGUUUUUGUUAAAAUAUUUUGGUUAUACUUGGUGUACUCUUUAAUAAAUUUAACUGGCGCUCUAACAUUU